UUAUAAAACCAUAUUGUUUAUUGAAUUUUAAAUAUCGUAAAAAAUAUCAUUAUUUUUGAUUGUUAAGGAGAAAUGUUCAAUUAAUUACAUUCUAAAUGAUAAGGAAGUUUUAAGCUCACAAUUGAUAAAAUUUUUAAUAAUGGAGUGGUUAAGUUCAACAAUACUUAAAACGUUCUGGCGACCGACUGUUAAUACUAUUAGGACGAGAUAUCAUGCAGACAAAACAAGACUUGUUCGGCGUUAUGGCUAUGAAGAAAAGAUUUGGAGUGGAGGACUGAUGCCGCGUUCAGAAGGUAGACGAUUGCCAAUACCAGAGUACAGACCAUUAAAUCCGUGGACUCAACGUCGAGCGUUAUUUGGUCAAAAUGAUUACAUUGACAUCCUGGGCUCUGGUGAAUUGCAUCCGAUCAAGACGUUGUAUACAGUGCCUUCAUGGAUCAAAGGUGUUAGUGGCCACGAAUAUCAUAUUCUUUUAAGAAAGAAAAAAAUGUUUGCCCGUACUGGUGCUCCGACGAUUAGACCCACUAAAUGGAAGGAAUAUGAAAAGAGAUUGUCAUUCUUAUAUAGAAAACUUAACAGGAAAACCAAAACUGGUCCAUCUCCUUGUUAAAUGUUAUGUGUAUAUUAAAUGUUAUUGUAGUAAGUAAUUAAAGUUAGUGAAUCAAA